AUGGAUGGACUUCAAGAAAUAGAGUACUAUGAUAUUAAAAGUAAUUCAACUAUUAUUGAAGAUAGAGAUGAUCUUCAAACUUGCAUCUCAACACUAAAGAGUUUGAUUUUAAAGACAUUCGGAUCUCUUGACCACAAAAAUUUUAGUAAAUACAACGAUAUUUAUUUAAUCGCUGUUGUAUUAAAUUGGAUAAUAGAUAGAGAUACCAAGCAAUAUAAUGAGAUUAAACAAUGCAUUUCAUCUUAUUUUAAAUGCUUUUUAAAAUACUCUCUCAAUUCAGAGUUGAAUGAAUUGUUUAUCUCGAUUGCAUUGAAUACUUCAUUGUUCAAUGAUAUCGGGGUCACUAAAUACUUGCUAACAUUUUGUAGUUACACCGAUGUUAGAGAUGCAUUGUUACACAUCUUCUUUGUUAGCAUCAAGCAUACAACACAAUUCUCUGUUGAUGAUAGUCAACGUUACUCUAAAUUAAACCAAUCUUUAUCUAUAGAGUCGUAUUGUUUAAAUUUAAUUAGCGGCAAUCAACAACAAAACCAACGAUCACCAACAAAACAAACAAAGAUAUUAUUACUUUUGUAUAUUAUCAAUGAUAAUCCAUCAUUAAUUAAUCAACUAUCAGAUUAUUAUCAAGAUAUAUUCUUGUAUAUAGAUGAAUAUCUACAUUUCAAUGAUUAUUUGCGAUUCUUUAGGUUGUUGGCAGAACACUUUGAAGUGAAUGCGAAAAACAAGUUACUUGUUAAGAAUCGAUUGUUAAAUAACGAUUCUAAACCAAGUGUGUCGGUAGUUCACUCGGUAUUUCACAGGUUCCUAAGUGGUUUAGAUUUGAAAUCUAUCAUACUCUCUGUGAUUAGUGUAGAUUCAAAGUUUCGUUUGGUAGACGAAACCAAUGAAGCAGAAUUACAAACUCUAGAGUUUGGAGAGUUGAUGAUCGGUGCAUUCUCUAUCAGUGGUAGUGGCGGUGGAAUAAAGGCACUAGAGUCAUUGGUCUUGAUAGAUAUCUACCGACAAAAGUCUGUUCCAUUGCCUUUGAAUCUCUACAGCCAUCUACUAGAGUUCCUUCAGAUCAAUAACUUUGAUUUGGAUGACAAGCUAACCAUUAAACAAUACAAUCAGCAACGAUUCAUCCAAUCUCUGGUUUAUAUCUAUCAGCGUGAAGAGAAACCAAUGAUUUUGAGGACAUUGUUCAAGUCGCUCUGUCUGUUAGAGUCGCUAGAUUCCAGCUUUAUACACUCUGUUCUCUCACCGUACAAACAAGAGUUUCAACAGAUGAUUCUAUCCAACCGUAGAAUGGUUUCGCAACUUCUCGAUAGUCGAACAGCAUUCCUCAUUAUCGUUUCAGAUCUGAUAGGCGGUCACGAUCAAAUCGAUAUCGUUUUGGAAAUGAUUAAGCAACGUGAAUCUUGGAAUUUCAAAAUGAUCGAACUUACACUCUGUCUGCCCUCUUCAAAAGAGUCAUUGUUAGGUACUCUAACACACUUGGAUCCAUACAUGCUCGAUCUAUUCAACAAGCCAAUGAACUAUCUAUUGGAUUUCGAGAUUAAUAAUGUCGCUAUAUUCAUGGAGUACAUUUUCACCAACCACUUGGCAUCUGUGGUGAGACUCAAACUAUUCCACACAAUCGGUUAUCAAUUGUUUGACAAGAUUUACAAACACAAUCCAAGCUGUAUCACCAACAUAUUGGUAGUUGCCAAUCUUUCAUUUUAUUCGAGCUUUAUCAGGAACCUACCAGCUUUUUCGUAUAUCAAUAGAUUCUUACCCGAGAAUCAGAUAGUACUAUUGUUUGAUAAAUAUUUGGAUACAAAAUGGAAAGUGGAGCUUUCGACAGUUUCAAAAGAAUUCCACAAAUGUUGUUCAAAUGUUAUCACCAACAAUCCAAAUGAAACCAUAAGAAUAUCAAGGAGAAUCGAUCAUGUUGGUUCAGAGUUUUGCUUAUUUAAGACACAACCUCUCCAUUUGGUAGAGUCUGAACUCAAGUAUAUUAAAGAUGAUUGUAAAUCAGCUUGUCUCGACCAUCUCGAAUCUUUCACUUUCAUCUAUGAUGGACGGAGAAAUGCUCUGCCAAAGAACUUGAAAUUUAUAAAGUUUGUCAUUCCCAGAGCAGCAAAUACACCGGUGGAACUUCAACCGCUUUUGCCAACCAACAAAAACAGUCGUCUGCAAUCAAUUAAGCUAUACUGCAAUAAUCUAGCUGAUCAUGUUGUCAAAACAACACUUCAAUCACUUGCAGCCAUACAGAAAUCACAUCCCAAACUGGCGAUCGAUGCAUAUAUCAAACAAAACAUUUUAUCAUCCACUAUAAAUAACCUUUCGUUGGUCACCAAGUUGCAGAAAGGAUCAAAUAUAAACAUCACCAAAGUUAAGAUCGAUCACAUUCACCAACAACCUCGAUACAAAGUUUUUGCUGUCGUUCGUCCAGGUCAACAGAAAUAUUUCACGAUUGGUUUUCAAAUACAAGAUUAA